GGAUUUAAAUUCGUUAAAUAAUGUUUUGUUGGGACUAAUUUAGAUAAUAUUUUAUAUGACCCGCAUUUGUUAGUCUAAUUGUAAAUGACUAAAGAUUUCGUAAUGAAAUCAUAAAUAUCUAACAAAACUCCUUAUAAUACGAAUGUACUGUAUUUCGAUUUAAAAAUAAUUAAAUGAUUUUAUAAUUAAUAUAGGAGUGGCUGACCAAUAUUUAACCAAGGAACUUUGUUUUUAUUUAUGCAGACGCAAUUAAACUGAAGCAUUAUUGUUAUCAAAUCACGCGAUUUUAGCUCCACUCAGUUUUGUUAUUUAAGUUUAAGUACACGUAAAUUUAUUAGGUAGGGUUAGCAAAGUUAUAAAAGGAUAGUGUUUAAAGUUUAAACCCAAUGGCAUUCCAUAGUAAAUAUUAGGAAAAAGUAAGGGUAAAGUACCAAUUGUACUUCACUUUUAAUAGAGUAGAUUAGUUGUAUGAGUUGAUUCACUUGUGCUUUCAUCAUAUCAAUAUUGUUUUGGAUCACUUUAAAGGUUUAAAACUUUGGAGUCUUAGGUAUCUCUACUCUGUGAUCUCUGUUUAGUUUAUUUUUUAAAAAAUGUUUCUCACAUUGCAGAAUUUAUUCAUUUCAUCUAGAAGAGGAUUUGUGCGCAUAGCCAUGGAACAUGGGACACCUCUGGUUCCAGUUUUCUGCUUUGGUCAGUCGCGAGUGUAUAAGUGGUGGAAGCCGAAUUGGAACCUCUACCUUAAACUAUCAAGAGCGAUCAAGUUUACUCCCAUCUGUUUCUGGGGUGUUUUUGGGUAAGUGUAUGUCUUUGUUUGGGGUUACAUUUUACAUAUAAAAUCUUUAACUGAAAGAGGUAUUCACAUUUCGUUUUGUAAAUCCCCAAUACCAUAUCGACACCCUCUGCAUGUGGUGAUUGGGAAACCAAUAGAAGUUAGUAAAACUCUGCAGCCAACUGAUGAAGAGAUUGCUAAGGUACAUGGACAGUUUGUGGAAGCGCUUAAGGAUCUGUUUUAGAGGCACAAAACCAGAUCAGGCUUCUCUGAUCCGCAGUUGAACAUUCUUUGAAUCAAUUUGUCAAAAUGUUUUUAUGUAUUAUCCUCAAAUCUUUUGUUAACUAUGUAUGUCUUGUCUUAUACGUCUCUGUACCAACUUUGGAUUAUAAAGACCCAUCGACACUUUACUUAUUAUUGGUACAGCAGAUGGUGGUGUUAUACACGUAAGAACUGCUACGUUAUACAAAAAAGCUAACAAUUAGAUCAUAACUAAUUUCUUCGUGUUUUUGCCGAUCCCGUUUUUCCGUAUUUUCUUUUUUCUCAAAGGAGCACGUGAAUAUAUUCCCAUACAUUUGUUAAUCAUGAAACUUCACUAGUCACUGCAACUUGAGAAUCCAUACGCCUGAUUUAACAUAGAUUAGAAUGACAGAGAGAAUAAAUGUUUAUGUCUAUGAAGAAGAGAGAGACAAAGAAGGGAUCUCGACAAAAAACGAAGGAGAAAAGAUUGUGGGAGAAGAAAAUCGUGGGAGAGAAGAUACUAGGAGAGAUUUAGGGUAGAUUUAAUGUAGAUAUUAACCAAAAUAUAGAAAUUUUCACAUUUUCGUAAUUUGGUUAUAAUAUGUAUCAUACGUAGAAUAGAACACUGUAGAGAGGGCGAGAAGUUUAUUCUUCCGUACGCAUAACAUAAGGUAAAAGGUAGAACAUGUUAUGACACAUAAAAAAAAGAAAAUGUAAUUCAUAGAGUCGUGGUUAUAAAUUGUAAUAGAGCUAAAAUUAGACUAAAGACAACUUGUUAGAAUAUAUAUAUAAGAAAUUUUUGUUUGUGUUAUAUAUCGAGGAUAGACCUAUGUAUAACAAUUAGAAUCCGAUUUCUAGAUUAAAUAGAUGACCAGAAUAAAUAUUUUAUCCGUAGCUAGGACAUAAAAUAAAAUAUGAUUCUACUAUUUUAAAAACAAAAUUUAAACAUAUAAAUAGUUAUACUUAUGUUUCCAGUGGUUUUCAUAAUUUUUUAUAUUUUUAAAUUUUAGUUUACUAUUUUUUCCAGAAGGGUAAAACCUGUCCAAAAUGAUCAAAAAUAUCAAAAAUCCUAUUGAGACAAAUAAAAGUUAAAAGCGUCUAUUUUUUUUCCAAUUUCUCCCUUUUUUCUGAUGUAUAUACCAACUUAUUGGUUAACUCUAAAAUAUAUGCGUAUUGGUGAAACCUACCAACGAAAGAUAUGAGAAUUUCCAAAACUCAUGAUCUACAUUGAACGCCAUAAAGCGUAGGUUAGGUGGUGUUGUUGUAAGGUUCUCUGACGUGGCGACAAACACAAUUUGUUUUUCUCAACUUUUAUUAUAUAGGAGUAUUUGCUAAAAUCAAUUUAAAAAAUAAAUAUUUGUUACCAAAAUGCUUUCUUAUAAUCUUCCAUGACAUGAGAGCAUGUCUGAUGAUAGAAAAUCUCACGUUUUAAGAAGGAAAAGAAGAAUUCUUAUGACAUUAAUCAAAAAAUCUAAGACAUUAUAAAAAAAAUUAUGAGGGUCAGAAUGAUCUCUGCGGUGAAUCUUUCAUAGGCCGUUUUAUUAGUGUCAAGUCACCAAAAUAUAGUUUUGGUUUCAAAUCCGUGAAUCUUUGGUGUCACUUUUACUAAAUCACCGUUGAUCUUGUGUUUCUUGUGUAUCUAAAAGCAACUGAACUUUUUUUUCAACUGAACUUUUAUCAUAUAAUAAUGGGAAAUUUGAAAUAAAAGAAUAACUAAACUAUGCUAUUGUCCCUUAGUACAAAAUCAAAUUUUGUCAUUUUUGGAUUUUCACUACCCUUCAAAGUUAUAAAAAUUCAUAUCAAUUAAUUUACAAUACAAAAAAAUUAGAAAAAAUAUAAAACAUGAAUUAGUCAAACAUGUGCAUAUAUGAAAAAUAUUUUUGGAUUCAAAAAAUAUUUGGAAUGGUAAAUUGAAAAAUAGGCUAAAAGUGUUAGUAUAUAAGAUCUACCAUCUACAGCAAUUCAGAAUAUGCAGUCUAACUGAAACACACUGGUCUACAGACGGAAGAAUGCGCAUUACACUGGAAACAUUAAGACCUACGAUGGCAGAAUACAAAAUCAACAUUUUCUUCUAUGUUCUGCUUUUUUGGUAGAUCAUAAGAAAUAAUAAACGUUCUUAUAUCUUCUGUGGAAGAAUAUACAUUCUUCUCACUUCUCAUCUAUCUAUAAUAUCAGUAUUCUAUAUCUACCACCUCAUCUUUAUUCUACCUUUCGUAGAAUGUAAUUUCUACUAGAUUUUAAACAUAAUCCUAAAAUCUAGGAAAAAACGGUUAGAAAAUAUUCCCUAAAUCUAUUAAAUAUUUUUUAUUUCUUUUUUUAAAUCUCCUUCCCUAAAUUUUAGUUUCUCCGUUCCCAGCCACGAUUUGGAUCAACAAAUCGUGGAGCUUCAUCUCUUUUUCAUAGUUUCUCCAAACUUUUGUCAAUCUAACGUGAGAAUAUGCACAUCUAUGCCUAUUCUGGUUUUUGGAGAUCGUCCAAAACAAAAGGAUGGAAGUUUCUUGUUGAUGAAGAAAAAGGAGGCAAAUUACUUACUUUGAACACAAGCAAAACCUUUGACAACCUAAGAGUUAUGGUUUGUGAGGACUUUGGAACCGAUGUAAACUUGGUCAAUAUCGAGAUGAGUUAUUUACCUUCCGAUUUGGUGAUUGGCCUCGACUCACCCCCUGUUUUCAUCACCAAUGAUCGGCAACUCAAAAAUUUUCUUACAUACGUGAAGACCAAAGCUUCAACGCGGUUAUGUGUGUGUAUUCGAUCUAAGGCUGGAUUUAACUUGAAUGAAGAGCCUGCUGAGUCGCCUAACAGAGAGGAAGUGGGUAUGUCGUGUGAAGUUUCAGAUGAUAUUGAUGGUGAAGCCGAGCUUGAAGCAGAAGAUGCGAAGAUAGAUGAAAGUGAUGAUGAAAGCAAGUGUGAGAAAGAUAUGAUCAAUGGAAGGUCUGUCUGUUUUUCUCUGGUUGAUGUUGUAAAGAAGGGUCAACAUUUUACUAGCAAAACAGCUUUGCAGGUAACAAUGGAAAUAUGCGCAAUGAAACAUAAUUUCGACUACAAGGUUGGCAAAACGGAUAAAAGAGUUUGGUACGUUUGUUGCGCGGAUGAUGAUUGCCGCUGGCGUGUUCGCACAGAGGGAUUAACAAGUUCUUCAUAUUUUAUCAUCAAAAAGUAUGUGGCUGAUCAUUCAUGUGCUCCAUCAUCAAGGAACCACUCUGUUCGGACAGCUUCCUCAAAAACAGUUGGUAGUCUUAUCAUGCAUAAGUACGAAAGUGUCAAGGAAGGGCCGAAACCUAAUGAUAUCAUCCAGUUUAUGCAUAAUGAUCAUGGAGUUGAGAUAUCCUACUCUUUAGCUUGGGAGGCACGUGAGUAUGCAAUAAAGGUUGUGAGAGGCAUUCUGGAGAAGGGUUAUGAAAAAGUUCUCAAAUACUUGCACAUGAUGAAGGAAGCUAAUCCAAGAUCACACACAUUUUAUGAAACUGAUAGCACUGGGAGAUUCAGAUUCCUCUUCAUCUCAUAUGGUCAGUCUAUUCGCGGUUUUUAUGCUGGUCUUCGGAAAGUUAUUGUUGUGGAUGAAACUUUUUUGAAGAGCAAAUACAAAGGAGUAUUACUGGUUGCUACUGCUUUGGAUGAAAACUCGAACUUAUAUCCUAUUGCAUUUGGAGUUGGACUCAGAGAAUGACCGCUCGUGGGAAUGGUUUAUGAGAUAACUUAAUGUUGUCAUUGCUGAUGAUCAGAGUUUAGCUUUUGUGUUUGACAUGAAUACUUCACUUGCUAAAGCUCUUGCAAAAGUGUAUCCGCAUUCUCAUCAUGGAAUUUGUAUUCACCACUUGCUGAACAAUGUUGUUACAUAUUUCAAGGAUAAAUGUAUCGCUGGUUUGGUUGCAAAGGCUUCUAAAGCUUACCGAGUUGCUGAUUUUAAGAAGUAAUUCACUGUAAUUUUCUCAAUUAGUCCUGCAAUUGGAAACUAUCUAAUACAAGCUGAUGUGAGAAAGUGGGCUCGUUGUCAAUUUCCGGGUUACAGGUAGAAUCAAUAAAUUAUGCUUUGCGUUCGCCAAGAGAGUUUCCAGUUAUACCUUUGUUGGACAGCAUAAGGGAAAUUAUGACUCGAUGGUUUUUCAAACGUAGAACUUUAAGUUCUAAGCAUAAACAGCCACUGACCGUUGCUGCAGAGAAGAAGAUUGAUCGAAGGAUUGAGAAGGGUAAGAAGUUUCAGGUUUUCCCAGUUAGCGAUGACAUGUUUUUGGUUCGAGGUGACACUUUUGAAUGUAUGGUCGACUUGGUCAGACGCACAUGUUCAUGUGGGAAAUUCGAUCUGAUGAAAAUCCCAUGCAGACACGCCAUAAAAGCAGCUUUCAGCGCAGGCAUACAAGCACACACUCUCACAUACGACAUGUACACCACUGCUUCAUGGAGAUCGAUUUAUGAGGAAAGCAUAAAUCCUAUUAGUGUCCCGGAAGAUGUAUGGAUUGUCCCAUCUCACGUACAACAAGCGAAAGUCCUUCCUCCAGAAACUAGAAGAGCUGCAGGUCGCAGAAAGAAACGUAGGUACGAGAAAGUUGAAGACAAGAUCUGUUCGUCACAAGGAACUCAAAGCUCUAAACAUCGUAAAUGCAGUCGAUGUGGUAUUGAAGGUCACAACCGGUCAACAUGUGAUAGAGCAAUAUAGGAUUCAAGCCAUUCGGUCUAUGCAAGCUACUUUUCUGAGUUUUUUUUUAAUAUUAUCUUUGUUUUAUGUCAAACUUUGUUUUUUCAAGACCAAUUAUGUUUUAUGUUUUGUGCAUGUUUCCAGUAUUUGCUUCGUUUUAUGCAAGUUUUUAGUUUAACGUUAAGAUUUGAUCCAUUGAUCCAUAAAUUGACAACACAACUGAAUACCAAAUUGAUUCGAUCUUUGACAAAGUAGCUAGAUCCAGAAAACAAUUACAAGAUCAAUCGAAUUUAGAACAGAGACAUAAAAUAAUGGGAAUGGAUCCAAUUAGUCAUACAUCUUCUGACUUCUUAUGCUUGAUAACCACUUUCUCUACUGUCUUUUCCAAGGAACUUCUCAAAUCUUCAAUUUCUUCGGCCAUUAUCGACUGUUGCUCAUGCAUCCUUUCUAUUUCAUCAAGCAGAGCCUCGUCAACCCACUUAAAAAGAUGUUGUUCUUUCUUUCUCUGAAUCGAAACACAAAAACGUCAAUUGGAACAUAGAAGAAUUAAAAGUCAUAAUUUAUCAGAAUUACCUGUAAACCAAUCUCACAUCGGAAGAAUCUUCUGUAUGGGUUCUCCUCUGUUUUUGAAACAUAAGUGACAAUCCCCUUCCCACCCCAGCAUCUGGAAGGAAUCCCUCCAUUGUUAGUCAUGAUCGGUUUUUGAGAAGGAUAGAAAGACGGAGAGGAGAAAUAAACGAUGAAAUAAGUAGGGUUUCUGGUCAUUGGUGUUAUAUAAGUUUAUGUUUAGGGCAAACCACUACUGUUAAUCGGGUUUUAGGGUCUACUUGUAUGUGUUUUGAUAGUCAUAAGAUUUGUAUUGACUAUUAAGAUUUGUAGCCUAGUUAGGUUAGAUCGUGUAUGGCUCCAGUUUAGUUUCACUUAGGGUAUAGUUAGGGAUUGAUAUGUUGUAUGGCUUAGUUUAGAUUCAUUUAGGGUAUCGUUAGGGGUUGAUAUGUUGUAUGGCUUAGUUUAGAUUCAUUUAGGGUAUGGUUAGGGGUUGAUAUGUUGUAUAGCUUAGUUUAGAUUCACUUUAUUUAAUUUUAUAAUCAGCCGCUUAUGUCAAUAGUUUCAAGUAGUGCAGUGGUUUAUGUUGUAGGUAUAAUUACCGAGGUGAAGUCUUCGAUGCCCCCCAUCUUCAUUUUUAGUAAAACCACUUUUUCCUACAAUAUAGCAUUUUUUCCUACAAUAUAGCCUUCAAGAGUACACUAUUUAGAUUCAUUUCUUGCCGCUAAUCUCAAUUUUUCAAGUAGUGCAGUGGUUUAUGUUGGAGUUAUAAAUACCCAGGUGACGUGUUCGAUGCCCCCCAUCUCCAUUUUUAUUUUAAAAAAUUUUGUUUCCUACAACAGCCUUUAAUAAGAGAGUCAAAUAAGACCAUUUUGAUUUAUAUCAUGUAUGCCUUUGUUUGUUAUCGUGCAUGAAAUCCAAUGCUAAAUAAGAGACUCAAAUCCAAUGCUAAAUAAGAGAUGCAAACCAAUGCUAGUUACGAGUCAUAUAAGAGUAACUAAAAGAGUCAAGUCAACAACAACCUACUUGCUAAACAAGUCAUAGUGAAAAUAACAUUAUAAAAUCUCAACCGUAGGAGAAGUUGUAGCCUUUCGAGGAAUAAAUUUUCCCAUUCUCGAAAUAAGCUCAGGAUCAUUAGCAGCUUCCCAUAGGUCAUAAGCAAUCUUCUGGCGAGCUUCACGAAUGUUGUCGUCAUUCACCAACGUUAAGUCCAUGCCUAGAAGAUGUGCUUCAAGGUGCUUCAACGCAUAUACUCCAUAAUAUCUGCUAGUCUUGUUUAGGAAUAAGGGCAUUGGAGCGUAAGUGACAUCAUAGGGCUUGACGAUAAAUCCUCUCUUCUCUGAAGACUGCACAGCUUUGACAAUUCUAGGGAUGAGAUGGGCAAAUGGCUCCAAGUCCUUGUUGUGUUUCAGUCCCCCCACAGUCAAAAACCUCUAUUGAACGAGUAACAAAGUUGACACAUAAAGAGAUCCAGUGGUUACCAUUCACAAGAAGAGGCACAUACAUACGAUUGACAUCAAGAUCUCACACUAGUCUUGUUCGUCCGUGUGCAGGAAGUUCACCAAUUCCGUACUGGUGGAGCAGUCCUUCAACCCUAAAUUUUUUUCUGUCUUUCUUGAACUCUAUGUAAGAGUUCUUCAAUUGAUUACUGAAUAUGCAGCUCAUGAAGGCUACUUUCGAUGGAUUCCAUCGUCGCAAAGAAGUCCUCUCGCGAAAUAAGAAGAGCAUAGCAUCAAUUUCCUAUAAAUUAUGAUACAAACAGAGUGAGUUGGCGUGUUGCUAAAGAAGAAAAACAGUAAGUAGGCGUGCAAAGUAAUGUAAAACUUACAUGAUUGUUCAGCCACACUGCAGGUCCCAUAACACGUUCUGCUAACUCAGUUGUGUACAUAGAAGGUCCAAUUUUAAGGUGCCUGAGAUGCAACAUAUAAUUAAAAAUUUGUUCAAUUUAGAACAUAAAGGUACUCCAUAAACUUACUGUUUAGUAGUUGAGCACCAAUGAAUCAGUUUGGCCCAUGAAUCCUCAGGGACAAACACUAAUGAGUAAUCCUCGUCGUUCACCCGGUCCUCAGGUAAUUCCAUAUCUUUGAGAGUGGGUGUUCUCCAAUCUCCAGGCUUAAAGGAUGAUAAUGGAGUAACCCAUUUAGGUGCUUCUUCAUCACUCGUUUUUUGUGAGGGAUCGAAACCUUUAACAUGUGAUACUUGAGAAAGGUUCCCCAAAGUGUCUUGUAAAUACUCUUGGGUGCCCAUUUCUUUUUUUUUUUUUAUGAAGGUUCCCCAUGGGUAGAUGAUUGUGACAAAUUCUUCAAAAAAUCUAUCAUAUCAUCAGUUUCAGUUUCAAUCUCAUGUUAAUAAAACCAAACAUAACAUAUUAGCGAAAACAGUGAUCAAGGACAGAACGAAAGAGUCGAGAGACAAUACAUUACAGAGAAAACAUGUCAUAGUCAUAAGUUCACUUCAUACCAAAAUACAUUACAAGCCGAUUUCCAACAAGCCGAUAUUACAAGCAAACAACAAUGACAUUACAAAAGAGUCAAGAGAAAAUUACAACAAAAGAAAGUCCGACAUAUUACAAAGCUUCAUUUUAUGGUUACCUUUCUUCCUUGCCGAGGGCUACGACGAACCGUAGGAGGAACCACACUCUCAUCAACCUUGCCUUUGCCUUUUUCCUUUGUUGCUGCAGGACACAGACUCUGUGAUGAUUUGUCUUGGUCUUUCCCCAUUGUUGCUGAAGGACAAGGAAUCUCAGAUGCGCUGUUUUUCCCCAUUGUAUCAGAAGGACCCGGAAUCUGUGACAUCGCUUGCUUGAACUCAGCCAUCUCUUUCUGGACCUUCUCAAAACGCUCUUAGAUGUCAUUCUGCACCACCUCCUUGAAAGAGUUGAAAGACGAGGUGAACAAACCUUCAAUGAAAGUUUUCAUUCCACUGGAGAUACCACUGUUAUGUUCAGCCGCCCGUUGACAAAGCAGUUUUCAUUACGCUUGCCCCUUCUUGCAACAACAGCCGGUUCCUCUACAUGUGUAUCUGUGACAUCUUCGACUUCAACAUUCUCUCCAUCCUCUUCUGAAUCAGAAAGCUCCACAGUUGGAGGCAAAGCCUCGACUUCUCAUACGAAUUCCGUCCAAUCUUGUUUGGCAUUGAGCAGAGUAACAAUACGACCAAUUCGUUCAUCUUUCUUCUCAUCUUCCCUAUAGAACUCAUUGCUAUUAACCACAUCUUUGUUCCCAGUAGCAGAUAUAAAUGGGAACAACUCUCCCUGACAAGAACAAACCCAAACAAUAAAGUUCAAUUGUUUGUUAAUUGAACCGAAUAUAAUUUUUAAAAAAUUAUUACCUUAUUAAAGUGGGACUCUAGGCUGCUGAUAUCUGUGUAGGAAACUUUCCCACUUCCUUUCCAAUUCCUACAUCUCACUUUGGUCAUGUUCUUUUUGAUCUUUUUACCCACCAUACUACCAAUGUCUGGGAUUGCCUCCAUAACCCAUAUCUGAAACGCAUAGGAGAAUCCAUCCAACACGUAACUGUUCUCCAGAUGCAAAUCUCUCCUUUCUUUGAGUAUUGAUGCAAUCAGCUCGUCAUACGCGUGAAGACCACACGGAUACAUCCUCAUCUUCUCAAAAUCCAUCACCAAACGGAUGUAUUCAUGAGGGAUAAACACUCUUGAAUCCUUAGCUAUGAGGAAUCCAUGUAUGAUACACAAAUACAUUAGCCUAACCCUGUCCACAUACGUCCACUGGUUGCAUUCGUUAAGAAGCUUCGUUCGUAUCAUGAAUAAGUUGACCUUUCUACUUUUCCUCAGCACAUUGCUCCAGAACCCCUUAUCAUCCUUCCAAUCAUUGAAGUCAAUGUCCGGUUCAUCUUUGAACUUCAAUCCGGUCACAGCAUGAAAUUCUUGCGCAGAAAACCUAAGAGGCCUCUUUGCAAAUAGAAACCACAAUUCGUGAAGCUUGGAAACCUUGAGCUGCUUGCAUAUGAAGCUGUGAAUGAUCUUCCCUGAGUAGAUGAGCUUGUUGUCUAUGAUUUCCAGAAUCGGACCGAAGACGGGGUCUUUCAAAACUUCCUCAUACUCAUCCUUGAGAACACCCUUCACUUCCUCCAGAAUUGUACGUCUACACGUGUUGUUAAUCUUAUCAAUCUGCGUCUCAAAUCCUUCUUCAAGUAUGCGUUUUGGAAACGCGUAUGCCACUCCUAUAAAACAUAAAAGGAAUAACUUCAACUCGUUAGUAAUGCCUUAAUGAAAUCAAACUAUAACUCAAUCUCGCAAUCAAACUAGUAAACAUUUUAUAUCGCACAUGUAACUCACAAUCAACUCAACCGCAAACUACAAUGAAAACCAUCAACAUGAAUUAAUUUGUUUUUAAACAAUUCAAUCUCUUCCUAGUACAUAAGGAACAUAUAACUCCAUCUCAUCUUUGAUAAACUAUAAAACAGUCAAGUAUAACCAAACCCGCUCACAAACAUAAUGCAUAAUCGUUCUCUUAAAAUGUCAACAAAAAAUAAAUUCCAAACAAUAAACUUGAAUCAUUUUGAUUUUUACUCCAUUCAAUCUUUUACUAAGACAUGCACAUCAAAAAAAUAAAAGAAAAAUCGAAAAGGGGAUCUCAAAACCUUACCUUCAAUUUUAGGGAAAGAGAAACCAAGAUGAAAAUCGAACAACUUCAAUCUCUUCGUCCGUAGAAAAACUUAAAUCUUCUCCUAGUACAUGCAAAUAAA